AUGUUGCCUAUGCGCUUGAGAGAUCUCGAGGUAAUUCGAACUAUUGGUAUCCCCUAUCUAGGUACUGGCACUUUUGCACGUGUAGCAUUAGUUCGUUCAAAAAACCAGCGCAAUAGUACUCAUUAUGCACUUAAAAUGAUUAACAAAGAAAUUAUAGUGAAACUCAAACAAGUGGAACACGCGAAAACUGAAAAACGAGUUUUAUCGACCAUGGACCAUCCCUUCAUAAUCAAGCUGUAACUAUUACACAGCUUUAAUUCCUUCCAAGACUCCUCGUGUCUCUACUUAGUGCUCGAAUAUAUACCAGGAGGGGAAUUGUUCACAAGGUUAAGACUUUUUCAUCAUUUUCCUAAUGAUGUUGCGUUAUUUUAUGCUACAGAAAUUUUAUAUUAUUUUAAAUCAUAAUAGUCCCAGGCAUUUUAUAUUAAAAUUAAAAUAAUUCAUACAGGAAAGAAUAUUAGCUAUUUCUUAUAUGCACUCACUAGAUAUCGUAUAUCGGGACCUCAAACCAGAAAAUAUCCUUAUCGACCACCAAGGACAUGUGAAAAUUGCUGAUUUUGGCUUCUGCAAAAUAAUUUCUCAAGGUGAAAGGAGCUUCACCUUGUGUGGAACACCAGAAUAUCUAUCCCCCGAAGUUAUCAAAUCUGAAGGACACAGAAAACCGGUGGAUUGGUGGGCUUUUGGGAUUUUAAUAUAUGAAAUGCUUGUAGGGAAUCCACCAUUUUUUGACCCAAAUCCUUAUAAGAUAUAUAAGAAAAUAGUCAAAGGGGAAUUCGAGAUGCCUGAAAUUGUUUCAAAUAACGCCGCUGAAUUAAUUUCCAGACUUUUAUGCCUAAACCAAGCUGAAAGACUAGGGACUGGGGGAAGUGAAGAAAUAAAAGCUAUGAAAUGGUUCAGAGGUGUCGAUUUUAUGAUGGUAUUUAGAAAAGAAAUUAGCGCACCUUGAAUGCCGAGCUUAACAGGGCCGAAUGACACAUCUUCUUUCGCAAACUAUCCUGAUGACCCCAAUUUCUUUCAACCGGCUUCUUGCAGUGUAAAUGAGCUUUUUCACGAUUUCUAAUUCCCCCUCUAUAAGUGAGCAAAACUAUUUGAAUAUUCCCUAUUUUUUGGCCUAAAACCUACCCUCCUAUUAGCAAACAAAAAUGCUUUUUAAAUAUAAAAAUUUUUAAGGAAAAUUUAUUUUGAUAUAUAAGUGAUAAUUAUUAAAUGAAAUCUCGAGGUAAAUCUGUUUAAUUUUAAACAGAAUGCAAUUUAUAAUAUAAAUUUUACAAAUUAAAUUAAUUUUUACUUCUCAAUUUUAUUUUAUUUUAUGAAAAAAAAAAUUAUUAAAAAAUUUAUAAAUUAUUUAUAUAAAAAAAAAUUAGCCCCCAUAGCGAAUAAAAAAAUUUUGUUCGCUCACAGAGUGGGGAUUAA